AUGACGAAUGCGCAAAAGCUGUUGAUAACUUCGACGAGGAGCUUAUCUGUGUCGUUUCAGGGAGAGUCGUUCGUGCUCCAGGUGAGUAAAACGAAGCCGGCUCCAUCACCGGUCAGCGCGAGGAAAGGGACGCCGGAACAACUCUGUAGAUAUUCCAACGAACUAGGGAGGAAUGCUUGUAAUCACGAUGAUGAGUCGCUUGCUGAUGGCAUCAUUAAGGAGAUAAAGCAGUACAAAGGACAACAGGUGAAAAAGGGUGCCCCUGUAAACCAAGCUCAAACUGAAAGAACAACACCGAAUUAA